AUGCAGAAGGCAUUGGAGAAUUCAUGCGGCUUGUUCAACAACAACCGGAAGCAAAUACCGGUUUGGUAUCUUCAUGGGGAAAAUGGUUAUGAAUCUGGUAGUACUAGCGAACCUCAGCCUGUUGAUAGGUUAGAAGAACCGGAUGUAGAUUAUGCUGUCGGUACUGAGCAGAUGAUAUAUGAGUGGAAGCAGCUAUGGCUCGCCGGAAAGACACCAAAAUUCAUCAACCCAACGGUUUGGUUAGAUUUGCAGAAUCAUUGGGUGGACCAGGACACUAUAGAUAAAUCCAACAAAAACUCAGCCACCCACAAGAGCGAUUGUGGCGGGAAAGGCGUUUAUGUCCACAACCUCGGUGCUUGCAGUAUGUCUUCUAAAGAAGAUGAACUUAAAGAAGCAUUACUUGCUUCUCAGCCUAUCUCAGAUGACGAUUCCUCUGCAGCAUCCACGAACAUGACCCGAGCUCGAAUUAACGAAAUGGUGGAAGAGGCGGUUCCAAAGAAGAAAGGUCGUUUGGUUGGUUUGGCUCGGCGUGCUUCUUCUUGUCCUUCCUCUUCACAAGCUCCGUUUGCUCCUCCUGAUCUGAUGAUUAUACAGCAGCUGCAGAACAAGGAUGAUCGGAUUGUGGCGCUGGAGACGCAGAACGCCAGAAUUCUUGCUGAAUUAGCGGGUCAGAAGAAGACAAACGAAGAGAUAUUGGAGAAGAUGAAAUGUUUGUUUCGUGCUGAAUUUUCUUAG